CCGCUGCACUGGAACGUGAACGCAAUACGUUUAGGCCGCACUUUCUAUAGGCGCAUCUUAGUGCUUCCACUGCUACGUUUCAUCGUUGUUCUGUACAAAAAGCAACUCGAAUGCUACCUUACCUUCUAAUGAGCCAAGCAGCCGGUGACAGGAGACUGGAGUGACAAUGAAGUUUCCAGUACCUCUAAUUCUAUCAGACUCAGUGCAGUCACAGUCAACUGCAACAACAACAUCAUUUACUACGUCUUCAGCUGAAUCACAAAUUUCGAGUCUCAUUACCACAGAAACUGGCGAGGACACAAUCACCGUUACACACGGAGCAACAACUGCAGCUCCUCUACCGACAAUUCAAUCCACAAGUGCACCCUUGAUUGCUGAAUCCACCAACUACAUCUGGAUCGUAGGCGUGCUGACUGGAAGCAUUCUAACUGUGAUUCUCAUUGCUUUAAUAUUUGUGACUUUAUGUAAGAAGUGCCGCCAAACCUCAGCACAGGCUCGGAUAACUAACACCCGAGAUCAUGGAAGCGAGCCUCCCACCCAGGGAUUCAGCAAUCCUGACUAUAGCUACGCAGACUUGCGUGGAAAUGGGUCUGACCCAACACGAUCCGUGAUUGAAUGCGUUAACCCUGACCGAGACUACCCGCCGAACCAACAAGUUGCCACGGAAGUUCAAUAUGAAAACACCAAUCCACACGAGAGCAAUAAUCGUGUGCCACAGAAACCAAAGACAUCCAACGUUGAGGAAGAAUACUCCAUAGCCGGCGCAGCCGCAGACGAUCGUAACAAGUCCCAACAGGAAGACGCAGCACAUGUCCUUGUUUCUUUUGCACAGGAAACGGCCGUUCUAGACCUAGAGCAACGAACUGACUCCAACUAUGAUGAACUACGCUAUGCCAGCAAAGAAUGGGGCACUGUUGUGGACGCAAGGCAACAGGUGUAUUCUGAUGUGGAGGAAAUAGACCAUCUGGACCAACCACAACAGUCAGAGUCUUCAUACGACAAACUAUGCCAUCCCAAGAGUGGGCAUGAACGGUUCGCCAGUAGGGAACCCCAAUGUCAAUCACAGAUGGAUCAUGGCAAAGACCCGACUGCCCACGAAGACCAGCCCCAGGAAUCGGAUCCUUCGUACGGCAACGUACAAGAGAAAGUAGGAGGGAAUGAAUCCAGUGCUAUUGCAGACAUACCGCAACAGGACUAUGACGAAGUUGAUCGGGUUUAAAGUGGGUUUUACACAGCAGAUACGUAUGACAACCAAGAUCCAAGCGUAAAGUAAGAUCCAAUAUACAGCCACGACGAGAUAUUUAAGUCUUUGAAUACACGAAUGCAGACUUAGAGUGAACAAUUGGAAACCUGCACGUAGGCUUAAGUAGCAACAUUUUACCAUCCCUGUUUUGACUUUCACCGCUUGUGUGUGUAUGUACGUGCGAGCACCUGUUUAUAUCAUGUUGAUGCCACUGACUUCAAAGCGUAUCUCGCCACUUUAUGCUGACCUUUGAGUAGGUUGAAUCAAGACUAGUACUCCAGAUACACAAUUAGUCCUUCCGAUGAACAUUCUAACAGAUCACCAUUUAUUUUCGCUGCUAAAUUUGCCUGGUACUUUGCAGCACAUGAAGCGGGCCCUUUGAAUAUCCCAUUAAUGCGACACACGCUUGCUUGUAUUAUGAAUGAUUAGCGAACAUAAUUAUUAAUUAAUGGUACAAUACCCUGCAACUGCCUAUGCAGAGUUACUUAAUAAUUAUCACAUUUUGAGUUAUACAUCCCCUACACGUGCAUUAACGUGUUCAUUUUCCUGAAAUCCUCCAUUUCAGCGUAAUGCAUACACUGUAGAUACUGCCAUACCAUAGAUGAUACAUUCUACUGAACUACACCUAAUUAUGUGACAUGCGUAUCUUCCAGAUUUCACCUUUGGCGUUUCCUAAUCAGCAUCUCAUGCAUACCUAAUGAAAUUCCGUUUUCUUGUUUA